CAAUUGCAAGGUCGUCGUCGGCUGGAAGAGCAGCUAGCUAGAAUCCACACACUACAGCAAGUGAUGUAGUACCGGGAUCGACGAGAGGACUGCGUUCACUAGGGUUAACCCGCCAACCGUGUUGCCUUUCCAUAAUCAGUGGACAAAUUGCAUGCAAGAAGGAGAAGAAGAGACUAGAAGGGAGGAAGAGGACCAGAAGGUGGAGCGAUAAGAGAAAGCAGGAGGCGCUAACUGGUGGCUGACCGCAAUUCAUCCAUCCGUUCCAUUCCGUCCGUUCCCAUCCCAAAAGAAAAAGAAAAGAAAACGAAAACGAAAAAUCAUGGUGCUCUCGCUCUCCCUCGUGGCGCCGCCGGUAGUAGCUGCAGCCGCCGGCAGCACCUUCAGCUCUCCGAGUAGUAGGGUGGCGCUGCAGCGUGGUGGCGAUGACUGACAUAUUGGGCGACUUCGAGGCGCGCGACCCCUUCCCAGAGGAGAUCGAGAGCAAGUUCGGGGAGAAGGCGCUGGGGAACGUGGAGACCCUCCACCAGAUCCUCAUCCCGACACUGUCGGCGCUGUCGCUGGCACACCUACCGCUGCAGCCCGGCGCGGAGCCCCUCUCCCUCGAUCAACGCCGCGUUCGACGACGCCGGCCACGCCCCAGCAGCGCUGCUCCUCGAGGCCGAGGCCCCACCAACCAGCAGCUGCAAGUGAGGGGCGAGCUCUCCACGCUCUCCACCGCCGGCGACAGCCUCACCAUCAACGACUACAUCCUCGCCGCCAGGAUAGACAAAGUCAAGACGCUCGAUCUUAUCCCCAAGAAGCGAGUCUGGGCAUGAAUUGGAUGAAUUUCUCCUCAUUUUAUUUAUCGGAUGAAUUUCCUUCCUUCCUUGCUUGCUUAUUAUUGUAGUAGUGUUUGAAGUACGGCCGAUUCAUACGAACCACGAGUGAAUGGAAUUAAAUUCCUCCUCCAUUUCAAUUCUUCGUCGGCUGGAAGAGCAGCUAGCUAGCAUCCACAAACUACAGAAGCUAAUAUUAUAUGGUUGCAAGUCAAAAAGUUUGAGAAGAUCGACCACACGGGACCUACAAGGCUACGAGGAGUCGAGGACAAGCAAAAAAGGCUAGCUAGCUAGCUACUGUCAAGGCCUCAACCACCUCACCAAACCAUCUCUCUCUCAAUGAUCG